ACCGCACGGCCGCACGGUGUAAACAUUGCUGCAACAUGCAGAGUGUAGUGCAUUGAGGUACAUGGUAAGAUUUCCGCGCGUGCUCCCCAUAGAAAACUACGUACAUUGCUCAACGCCAUUUUUAAUGACGAAGUUAUCAACGAGAGAACGCAUUUUAUAGCGUUAAAUAUCUUUCCAAUCCUUCAUAGAAAGAAGGAUUUUAUCACAAUGGAGGUUGUUUACAGUAUAGGUGUAAGUAACCGUUUCCUUUUGGACAUGGAUACGGUGUCUGAUCCACAGGAUAUCUUUGUUGAAAAGGAGCAACGAAUGAAAGAGAAGAAGGAGAAAAGUAGUAAACCCAAACAGCCAAAGCCUAUCAAGAAAGCAGAGCCCGUUAAGAAGGCCCCAGAACCCGAGCAAAAAUCAAGAAAGGAAGACUCGAGGCCAGAGAGGAGUGAUCGUCCAGACGGUGGCAGGAGAGGAGGUGGAAGAGGAGGUCGAGGAGGCAACCAGGACAGACCAAACUCAAACUACAGGAGAAACAACAACAGAAGAUCAGGAGAAGGGCAAGACGGCCAGCUAGAAAACCAGGAGAACCAGGCUCCUUCAGAGUUCAGGAGUAGCGGAGGGAGCAGGCCGCCCCGCGAGUACCAGGGAGACAGACCCCCACGUGGAGACUACCAAGGAGACAACCAAGGAGACAGGGCAUACAGAGGAGGAGGCAGGGGCAGGGGAAGAGGAGGACCUCGUGGUGGACGUGGAGGAUUUGGUGGACGAGGAGGUUCAUCAGAGUACCGUGGAAAGAGAGAGUUUGACAGGCAUAGCGGAUCAGACAAGAGCUCAUACAAGGGCCAAGACAAGAGGGAGGGUGGCGGCUCACACAACUGGGGAAAUAGCAAGGACGAUGUCAAGGAUUUGAACACAUCCAACACGAGCGAGGAACCCACCAAUCCCGAAUAUAUCCAACCUGUCGACGGUGAACAAACGGAAAAUGCCCCCAAGAAGACACCCAAGGAGGGCGAAGAGAACGAGGCAGCCCUAGAGGAUGGAGAGGACAAGGAACCGGAGAAGGACGAGAUGACCCUGGACGAGUACAAGGCAAUGGUUAACAAGGAACGAGUCAAGACCCAAUUCAAGAUCCGACAGGCAGGAGAAGGAGAGGAUAACUCACAAUGGAAGCCAACCUACGUCCUCAAGAAGGAAACCACCAAGGAUGACGCUGAUAAGCAUGGAGAGGUGAACCCUAAGGAACACAAUACCAAGCCUGAUGCCGCUGGACUCAUCAACUUCACGUUCGCUGACCAGCCCGGGAGUGGACGUGGCCGCGGUGCAAGGAGAGGGCGCGGAGCAGGUGGACGAGGUGGAGAACGCGGAGGAGAAGGGCGCAUGGAGCGUGACGGAGAACGUCGUGGAGAGCGAGGUGGUGAACGCGAUGGAGAUCGCCGUGGAGACCGCGGCGGCGCUGGUGGUCGUGGACGUGGCGGAGACCGCAUGCCACGGGGCGCACCCCGUGGUGGACGUGGCGGAAGAUACCGUGACGACUCGGCCAUCGCCGUCGACAACGAGGAGGAAUUCCCCUCCCUGAGCAAGUAAAAAAGGUGCGGGUUGUGCACUGUCGAUUACGACACAAAGAAAGGAAGUUGAAGAGAGGAUAAUGUGCUGUGUAAUUUAUUCCCUUUCGUAUAAAUAUUUUUCACCCGAGGUUUAAUACAGGUGUUUUUCGGAGAUCACACCAUGUGAGGUUGCUUUAUAAAUGUGGGUAUGAAGGCAAUGUACAGCAUAGGUUCCUUAUUUUGACCCAGCUGAUUCCUAUAAACCCAAGGCAGUAUGAUAAGCCCUAUCCCUUUUUUUGUGAUGCAGCUCAAGAUCGAGCUCGUAAUAUUUUCUUACCAUGGAAGGACUUUUUUCAGUUUAACAUUACAAACUAAACAAGGAAUGUUUAUUGUCAUCAUUUGUUAGAAAGUCAUCAGUCUUGAUUUCUUGUCGUCUUCUUCCAAGUGUUCUGUUGUGAGUAGGUAGUAAAUACUAUAGGAUGAGAGAUUAAGCGGCAUUUGUUUGGCACUGUGCCGUAUAUUAAGAGUAUGUAUUUGUAAUGGACAUGAUCACACAAGUAAAACAAGAUUCCCCUUUUCAGGAUUGAUGCAGAAAAAAGCACUUGAUACAAACCAGAAAAAACAGCCCAGUAAAUCUAAUUCACUAUUUUUUUGUACAUCCAUGUUCAAAUUGCGCAACAAUGCAGGCAUGAAAGUGAAAGAUGUUUCAUCAUUUGUAUUUUUGGUUCUAGUCAUGCUAGUCUUACACAUUUGUGGCAAGUGGGAUUGUAUGGUAGUGCUUUUGUUAUGCCAUGCAUGAUAUGCCAUUAAGAUAUCAAAACCUGUGGAAUAUGAAUUAUGAAUCUUCAUUCAGCAAUCGUGUAAAAAUAUGUGGAACUGAUCUCAUGUUUAUCCCAGCUUGUAUUUGGAGGUAGAUAUUGUACAAAGGAAUUCUAUAUCAUCAGUCAAUCUGCAAUGCAAUUCUAUUCUUUUCUGCUCUAAGUGAGAAGAAAUGCAUGUCGAGUUGCAAAAAGGUCAUACUCAACGAUGCGGAAUAUUCUUCCAUUAGAAAAAGACGACAAGUUAGGUUUGUGAAUCGGAGCGGCAACUUAAAUCUACUACUCUGUGUAAAGCAAGUCAUUUAUGAGCUGUAUGUCUCGAGGGAUUGUCUUUGGCGUAAUGGCCAGGCCAUGUUUGCUAGCUGAUUGAUUACAGUGAACUACAGGAGGAAAAUCAUUUUAAUUAUGAAGGGGAAAACAGCAUACACACACAUGUAUAGAGAGAGAGUCUGCACGAGAUGGGUACCUUGGCUGCUAAAUGCACUAUAAAGGAAUGUAUCGGUAGAUCCUGCCAAGAAGGAAUGGCAAACAACAAAAAUUAUUCAAUUUUUAUGGAAAAAAAAAUAUUUUGAAUGUAUUGCCGAAAAACAAAUAAUAAAAGGAGAGAGAUGAAAAAGGUUCUGUGAGAAUUGUUUUAUAAGAGAAGUACUAAGAAAUUUCUAAUAGUUUGAUAGUCUCAUCAACGUUGUAAGCGUUGGGACGAUAUAUUUGCCGAUUAUAGAUUAAUCAGGGCGUAAUACAUUGGAUAUGAAGGAUGAACUAUGCUUGGACAUUUAUUGUAAUAAACCAAUUAUGGUCUGCUUUGACUUUUGCUGCUAUAUAUGUCUUGUUUACAUGACUCGGAAUGGUUUCAAACUGCAUGGUUUCGAUAAUAUUCAUGGGGAAUUAUGAAAUUAAUUAUGUAUAACAAUGCCAAUCUAAGAGGACACUUUGUGUACAUGUUUUCCUGAGUGUAGAGUUUGUACAGAAUUAAUUUUCAAUCAAUGAUCUUAAAAGGUUCAUCAAAGAUGACCUAAGUUUAUUUUUCAUCAUUCAUGUACAUUUUCCAUAAUGACAUAAUGUUUUAAUAACUUGCUUGGGGCAGUUAACAUUCAAUCCAUUUGUUUGAAGGGUUGUCGGUCAACUAGUUAUUUACUUUAAUCGUAACUUACAUGUAGAUUAUUUGAUACAAGUGUUAUUUGAAAUGAGUAACAAUCCAGUCUAUACCUAUAUUGCAUAGUGUGUACAAAGCCCUUCAUGACAUAGGCAUUGUCCAUAUUCCAUACUGGAAUAUAUUCAUUGAAGAUGGAAAUGAUGCCCAAGUGUGGGAUAUUAUGUUUAUAUCGAAUGCCGCUGGUUGUCCAACAGCACCUUUUAUAUUCAGCGUAUAGAUAUAUCGUUUGAGAGUACAUUGUAGGUGUGCACUUGAGUGCAUGAAUGAAUGUUUGGGCUUACAUGUAGCUUUGAAGGCAGGGCUCGACACUAACCGGUGCCCCCGACAUAUAGGGCACCCAAGGUCUAGACCGAAGAAUGUUGGUCCAGACCUCCCAACAUAAGGACUUGGUGUGGAGCCCUGUGGUAGGACAGAUAUUGUACCUUUUUUGUUUGUUGUUGCAUGCCUGGCAUUAUUUGUGUAUCGUUCUGUGGAAGUCUUCCACGAAUCCUAGCUUGCAUGUGUUGCAAUGUCAAAAGAAUUAGUCACGUAAGGUCACUUAUGACGGUUGGAAAUUCCUAUUUCUAUUUCAUUUGUAUCAUCUAAUACCAAAAUUUAUGUUGUAGUUGCUCUGAAACACAGCUCAAAAUUAUAGUAACUCAACAAGGCAGCUCUCAUAUGAGCUUAUCUCCACACUUUACCUUUU